UUUUAAUAGUUAUUAUUUAACUUGAUAUAUUUAAGCGCUGAUUAUAAAAAUUUCUUUUAUUGAGCAAUAAAAAUCACAUAAUUACAUUAUGACCCCUCGUCACACAUGUGUAAUUUAAUAAUGCAAUAUUUAUUCAAAUUAGUCAAUUAUUAAAAUAAGGCACAGCUCUUUAUAUAUUUAUUUUUUAUUAUUUUAUAUUAAUUAUUACUUUUAUUUUAAUAUGUUCAUACUCUGACGAGUUUUGAUUUAAAUAAUAAAAAUUGCAUAAUUAUGUUGUCUUCCUCAUCAUACAUUUGUACAACUUAAUAAUCCAUUUUUGUUAUUCAAAUAAGACUCAGCUCAUAUUUAUUUUAUUGUUUUAAUGUGUUCAAGAUCUGAGCUCAUUUGCAUAAAAAAAUUGCAUAAUUAUGUUGUCGCCCUUGUCAUAUACGCAUUAAAUUUAAUUAGGCAACUUUUAUUAUUAAAAUAAGCCCAGCUAUAUUAAGACAAGUUUAAACAAGAGAUAUUGAUCAUAUACCGACUGACAUGAUGAUGUCAUACUUCCUUAGCUACGAAUCUGAUUUGAAUCAACAACAGUCUGAUAUGAGACUAAUGUAAACCUUUGUUGAAUUCAGGAUAGAAGCUUUUUAGAAGAAAUUGAGCGAUACAGCAUUUCAUAAUGAAUACCUUGACUGUAAGCACUUCAACUCCAUCUCCUCAUACUGCUGAUAAUAUGGAACAACCAGUGGCCAAAGUCACGAAAAAGUUAUGGGUAGACACGAAAUCUUUAAACGUGCCAAAUGUUCUGGAUCCAGACGACUCCUUGAUGAAAAAAUUCCAAAAUGCUCUGCGAGAUCAUCUCGUUCGUGUCGACAACAAGUUAAACGAAGAAAUUUUAGAACUCGAGUCCGACAUAAGAGCUAUGGAGAAGGAACGAGAAACAGAAUGUUUACAAAUGUACUAUGCUCAACAGGAAAUAGUGCAGCAGCAAACGACAAUUGAAAAGUAUCAAAGCAUGAUAGCGAAUGUGAUUUCAUUGCGCGAAGAAAGAGAUAAACAUGUAAAGAAUGUGAAAGACAUCCAUAAGACUACUCACGUUAAAUUACUCGAUGAGAAGAAGAAAGAAGAGAAUCUUAUGCGCGAAUUGGAGCAACUUACUGCCUUACAAGCGCAAUUCUCAGAAUGGCAAACGGAGCUCGAGAGUAGUCUGGCCAUUUCUAAACAGGUGUCGAAGAAAAACAAGAUAGUUCAGCGAGAUUUGAUUGCUCAGAAACAGCAGAAAGACUGCAUAAUAUACAAACUUAUGGAGGAAGUGUGGAGAAUUAAAACGGAGAUAGCCAAUUUGGACAUGCAAUUACAGUUGAAAAGUAAAGAAAAAAUCGAGAUAAAUCAGAUGAUCGCCGAUGUUAAUGCCGAUCUGGAAGCAUUACAUAAGCAGCACAUGAAUUUAUGCAAUGCCUGGAAUUCUGUUGUGCUAAAUAUAACUAAGCGUAAUAAAGUCUAUGAGCAACUAAAUACAGAGCGUGAGAAAAUAUGUGAAUCUUUUAAUACGUUACAAACGGAAGUAGAGAAAUUAAAGAAGGAAACUUAUAAGGAAACGGAAAAUAAUGAGAAUCUGACCUCAGUGCAUACACGAAUAGAAGACAAUAUACAGAUUAAUGAAAAAUUAAUACAAAUUGGAAAUGAUAAGCUCAAUAAUUUGGAAUGUGAAUUAGUGAAAACAACAAAAUUUAGUGAACAGGAGCAACAUGAAUUUGAUUUAGCUCAUAAUGAAUUGCAAUAUUUGUUACACGACGAAGAAGAAACUGAUAAAGAAUUUACAAAAUUUCUGAAUAAGCAAAACGAAUUAGAAAAAACGAUAUACAACAAACUGGAAGAAAAAGUUGCGCAUAAUAAAGCGGCGCGGUAUUUAAAUAAAUUAUUAGCAGAUUCUAAAGAGACGAUACAAGAGCAAGAAUUACUAUUAGUAGAAACAGAAAACUCAUAUGGCAAAAAGUUAUUGGAAUUAGAACAACUUAAUUCAUACAAGUUUCAUGAAAAAAUGGAAUUAGAGGAACUCUUGCAAAAUAAUAUUAAAAAGGGGAAAGAGAUUGAUGAAAUUCAGAAAGAAAUCAAGAAGCAUAAUACGGCGAUUGAGAGAAAGCAAGUAAAAAUUAUCAGCUUGAAUAAAACUAUUGAAGAGAUGUUAUCACAUACGGAAAGUGGAGAAAUUAAUCCUCUUGACAUUAAGAUAAAAACCUUAGAAAAGAAUAUAGAAGAAAUUCAACAAAGUAACCAGAAGGCACAGCAGUUGUGGAUUCGCCAAGAAGGAUAUAUGAUUACGCUGAGUCAACAGAGAGAUUUACAAUUACAAGAACUUAAUCUUCAUAAUAAAGAAAUUAUGAUUAUGGAGCAAAAAAAUUUGAAACUGGAGCACGCUUUGGAAAUGUUCAAUAAAGAGGAAUCGAACAUAGAGAGAAUAUUGAAUCUUCUGCAACAAAGAAUGGUACAAAUGAAUACACAAUUAGUCAUACAAAAAGGAUUAAAGGAGGAGCUCGAAGACAAAAAUUCUAUUACAAAAACUGAAGGGAUACAAUCUCUCGAGGAUGCAGAAUUAUAUCUAAUAAAACUGCAAAACGAUUUAAAACAGUUAUAUGAAGAAAAAGCACUUUUGAAGGACAAUUUAGAUGCGACGCAACAAGAAAGUCUAUCAUGGGAGAAAAAAGUGCAGUUAAUGCAAGAAACGAUAAAGAAAUUAAGAGAUGAACGUAGUAACGGUGGUGAUAUCACAGCAAUGAAAAGUGAAAUUCAUAAAAUGGAAAUGCGUCUGUCACAUUUACGUAGAGCGCAAGAAAAAUUGAUCCACGACAUGGAAUUUUGUGUAACCCGGAGGGAUAUAAUAUUAGACAAAGUUAUGAGCAAAUUUAAGAAGGAUCCCAAAGGACAACACAAUCAAAAAGUUAUAUUCUGCAAACGUCUUGCCGAUCAAAAGUUAAAAAUAAAACAAGUCGUGAAGGACACGAAAAAAAUCGAAGAUAGAAUAUUAGAACUGGAGAAUCAAAUGAAGGAUAUAGUAGACAAAUGUAAUGAAUCGCAAACAGCAUUGAAAACGAUAGAAGGCAAUAUGCCAAAUGUGGAUCAAGGAAUUAUACAAACAGAAGCUAUUAAAUAUCAUAAUUUACAAGCUUUAGUUUUUAAACAACGAAAAGCUAAAAUGUUACAAGACAUUAAAAGUGGCAGAUACAAAAUGAUUUUCAAGAGUGAAGCUACACUGAAUGAAGAAUUUCAAAAUGAACAGAUUCUUCGUGAUUAUUUGAAACAUGUAAUGGAACGAACAAGUCAAGAUUUCCCUUUAUUGAAGAACAAUAUUCAAAAAAUACUUCUGACAUUAGAAAUAUUAUAAAAUCUUCUAAAGUAUUAAAAUAAUAAAACAAUUUUAAUUAAUAAUAAUUGUAAUUGUUUAUAAUAAAUGCAUAGUAAAUAUAUUUAUUAUAAAAUAUUUAUGCAGAGUGCACUCCUUUGAUAAAAGACUCCAUGGAUAGAAUUGGAGUAUCCGGUAAAAUACCAUGUCCCAAAUUAGCAAUAUAUCGAGUUUUACCAAAAUUUGAUACCAUUUUUU